AUGAAUCUAAUAGAUAUAUAUGAUGAAUUGCAAAAUUAUUCCCUGCAUGCAAUAUAUACAAACUGCAAUGCUCAAAUUGUUAAGCUUGAUGUGUUUUUCGCCAAGACACUCGCUUCAAUACACACAUUGUCUAUUCUUUUUAACCUAUUUGUAGUUUUAGUUGUAGUUGUAGACCCAGUACUUUUCUUUGACCAUUCGCGAGCUCUUCUGCUCCAUAUCAAAAUUUCAUCAACACAUUUGCUCAUCUCUUUUGCCAUCAACUGUACUAUAUACAAUUCAAUCUCAAAAGAUAAGAAAGAAAAAAGGUUAAAGAUGUUUAGAAACUCUAUCAAAUCAAUUGCUAAAUUAGGCUUCACUUCUCAAAGAUCAUCAAUCUUAAGAAAUACUACACCAAGAUUAUCUUCAUUCACAAGUAUAAGAACCUAUGCAAAUUCAAAUUCAGAUUCAAAUGAAAAAAUUGUAUAUUUAUUUCAACGUUAUCCAGAUGUUAUGAAGUCCCUUGAAGAAUUCCAUAAAAUUAGAAUUGAAACAGAAGAUGGUUUAGAUCCACAACAAAUGAAUGAACAACAAAUUAAUAAAGUCUUGGAAAAUAAAGAAUUUCAAGAAGCUUUUGAUAAAUUUAGAGAAGAAUUAGGUAAAGUUGAAGAAAAAGAUCCUCAAGGUGCUCAAGAAUUAAUGAAUUAUAUCUUGGAUCCUUCUUUUAUGUCAAAAUAA